AUGCCAUUUCCAUAUACGUGCUAUUUUUCCAAAAUAAUUAUACAAAUUAUCCAACCGAAUUUAAUGCGCAACGCGUACGACACGACCGGGUUAAAAGGAAAUUCGCAGUUUAAAGCGAUCCAGCAAAUUCGGUACGAUAUUUUAGUAAAACGGUUUUUCAUAUUAACCGCUGGUACCACGCCUUAA